AUGGCUACCAUGGAUGAAGUUUUCGCUGGCUACGCAAAGCGUCAAGCCGUCUUAGAAGCUAGCGAGAACCCGCUCGCUAGAGGCGUUGCCUGGGUCGAAGGGGAACUUGUUCCUUUACAUCAAGCACGUAUCCCGCUACUCGAUCAAGGUUUUAUGCAUAGCGAUUUAACCUAUGACGUGCCCUCUGUUUGGGAUGGACGCUUCUUUCGCCUUGAUGACCACCUAGACCGUCUCAAGGCUAGCUGCAAGAAAAUGCGCCUCCGGUUCCCCAUUGCUCGACAGGAGAUCAAAAGAAUCCUGGUUGACAUGGCCAAAAGUGGAAUUAAGGAUGCUUUCGUCGAACUGAUAGUUACCCGUGGCUUAACUGGUGUCCGAGGAGCUCGACCUAAGGACCUUCUCAACAACAAUCUCUACAUGUUUGUUCAACCGUAUGUCUGGGUUAUGGACCCUGAAGUUCAAUAUCACGGCGGUCGUGCUAUCGUUGCACGAACCGUCCGACGAAUCCCUCCCGGCUCCAUUGAUCCCACUAUUAAAAACCUCCAGUGGGGUGACUUGGUCCGUGGCUUGUUCGAAGCAAACGACCGCGGAGCUACCUAUCCAUUUCUGACAGAUGGAGAUGCCAACCUCACUGAAGGUUCGGGUUUCAACAUUGUUAUUAUUAAAAAUGGCGUUCUAUAUACUCCUGAUCGCGGAGUUUUGCAGGGAAUCACAAGAAAGAGUGUUAUUGACGCUGCCCGAUCAUGUGGCUAUGGGAUCCGUGUUGAACAAGUCCCUGUUGAGGCAACUUACCAGGCUGACGAAAUACUAAUGUGUACAACUGCUGGAGGGAUCAUGCCAAUUACCACUCUUGAUAAUAAGUCGGUUAAUGACGGAAAGGUUGGCCCUAUCACAAGGGUUAUUUGGGACCGUUAUUGGGCUAUGCAUUGGGAGGAUGAGUUUAGCUUCAAGAUUGAAUAUUAA